AUGGCCAAGCCAUCACUACAGGUGAUCAUUAUUGGUGCAGGCCUGCAGUUCUCGGCAAAUGCAACACGAAUAUUGAACAAAUGGGGCAUCGACAAAGCCAUCAUAAAGGACGUUGUGGAGCCAUCAAAUUGCAUCAUGCGGCGAUACAAAGAUGGUAGCCAACUUGCGAGUCUUGAACUUGGUGCUUACCAUAACAAGACCUAUGGCGCCCCAUUCUGGGACAUACACCGACAUGAUCUUAUCAUUGCACUGUAUGAACGAGCACUGGAGCUGGGUGCUGAUAUAAGGGUCAGCUCCAAAGUUGUGGACGUUGACUUUGAAUCUGGGGCGGUAAUAUUGGAGAAGGGGCAUCGAUUAACUGCGGACCUUGUGGUUGGUGCAGAUGGCUUGAACUCGAUCACGAGGAGAAAAUUCGUUGUUACAGAUGCUCCAGAAUAUACUGGUGAUAUCGCCUUCCGUAUUUUACUCGAUAUGGAAAGGCUAGAUCAGGAUGAUGAGAUUCUCAAGAACUUUACACAGAAUCCCCAAGUCACCUAUUGGUUAGGGCCGAAAGGUCAUGCCAUCGUGUACAUCCUCAAAGGUGGUCGGCAGAUUAAUAUCGUGGCAAUUGCUCCCGACGACCUGCCACCCGAUGUAAUCCGGGCCCCAUUAUCUAAGGAGGAGACCCUCCAGAAAUUUGGUGGUUGGGACCCAGUCUUACGCAAGCUGAUUGCCAACUCUCAUGACGACGUUAUAUGGCGAUGGAAAUUGCAUAUGCGACCAGAGCUGGAUAAGUGGAAUCACCCUGCUGGGAGAUUCACCUUACUUGGCGACGCCGUUCACCCGUCACUGCCGUAUCUCAGCCAAGGUGCGGGAAUGGCGCUGGAGGACGCGGCUGUCCUGGGCCACGUAUUGAGUCAGUCAAUCCCGCUGGCGGCAGCUCUAGCCCAAUACGAAAUUCUGAGGCGGCCGCGUAGCACCAAGGUCGUGCGAGCUGCCAAAGGUCAACAGUACUGGUACCAUCUGCCAGACGGAGAGGAGCAAAAGCGCCGCGAUAGCAUGAUCGGGGCUGAAGAGAGCUGUAACGGCGACCCAUUUCUUUGGAGGGAACCGGUGUUCUCCCCUUGGCUAUACGGAUAUGAUGCAUAUAAGGAGGCGGAGAUCGCAGAUUCCAGUGGCUUAAUCAAUGGAUAUACGAACGGGCACGCCAAUUAA